AUGAAGGGCAACUUUUGCCAUAUGAUCGGCUCCUUCUUGCUUCUGAUAGCAACCAUUCUUCUUAUCGUGACCAGCAUCACGGCGCCUGUCGUCAAUAAGCUGGGAAUCAUCACAGUCGAUCUUGGCGAGGAUUCGAGGGUGGGCAAAGAGGUGUCUUUCGGUACUUUUGGUUGGUGUGUGCAGGACGGUGGCCCUGAUGGCGAAGAUGUAUGCUCCCCGGCCAAGGUCGGCUAUAACCCCGCCGAAGUGAUGCAGAGCAUCGACGGAACCGACAUGGCUAGCUACUCGGAGGCCACCACCAAGGCCCUCACCCGUGUUCUUGUCCUCCACCCCGUCGCUGCCGGCCUCAACUUCAUCGCCUUUGGCCUUACCCUCGGUGCCAGUGCUAUUGGCUCUUUCAUCGCCUCCCUAGUGGCCUUCACCGCCUUCGUCGUCACCGCGAUCGUAAUGAUUUGCGACUUUGUGCUUUUUGGCAUCCUUCGGGCCGAUAUCAACGAGAACGACGACAGCGAGAGCCACGCCUACUUCAGUGUCGGCAUCUGGUGCGUUCUCGUUUCCGCACUCUGCAGCUUGCUCGCUUCCAUCUUGGUCUUUGUCACUUGCUGUGCCGGCCGCUUCAAGAAGCGACGCGACGUCGAAAAGGUUGCCGCCCCUCCCGCUGCCCCUCCCGCUAGGCGCCGAUUCUGGCCUCGCCGCCGCUAA